CAUGAUAUUGUUAAAAUUACAUGAUAACUAUCUUAAAUGAUAGAUAAUGUUAAUUUAAUAAAAUACAUUCUUACUUGCGAACUGAGUUUUCAAGAGAAAAAUAUAAUGUUUGGUGCAUCGAAUUAGGAUGACGUCGUCGCUAUAAACCAGUUUCAGUCAGAUUACAAAAACAAUCAUGAUUCGUGUUCGUGUUAUCAGUGAACAAGUCAUGGACGGGAAGUAAUUUAUUGUUUUUUACCUACAUUCUGCAGAGGAAAUCGAGUAAUUAUCUGGUAAAAGUACCGUUCAUUAUUUGCUUCCCUUAUACAAUGAGUGAGCUAAAGAUCGCUCGGAGUGAACCCGUCGAAAUCAAGGGUUGGCUGUUUAAAUGGACAAACUACAUCAAGGGAUAUCAAAAACGAUGGUUUGUCUUGUCAAAUGGAUUACUCUCUUACUACAGAUUUCAAGCAGAAAUGGAACACACAUGUCGAGGAACUAUCAGUAUUCAUGGUGCUGUCAUCCGAAGCAUCGAUUCAUGUACAUUCUACAUAUCCAAUGGUGGUGCUCAAACAUUUUAUUUACGUGCAACCACGGAGGUCGAGCGACAAAAAUGGGUGACAGCAUUAGAGCUUGCCAAAGCAAAAGCUGACGUAAUGGAGUCAGAUGAAGAAGACAAUUAUGAUGAAGUGACUGAAACUGCAUUUAAAUCAUUGGAAAAUCUCCUGGAUGAAUUACAGACAAGUAAUGAAUUGAUAGUGAGACAUGGAGAAGCUUUACAAAAAGCUCUGUCUAAACUCACUUCCUCAGAAAAUCAAAAAGAUAUCACCACACAAAUCAAAUCCAUCCGAGAAAGAGCAACUUUAUUUAGGAUAACAUCUACAACUAUGAUUAAUACUUCAUCCAAGUAUCUUGACCUAGCCCAAAUGUACGGGAAAAAGUGUGCAAAAUUGUUGCAGCAGGAAAGGGAGAAGCGAAUUCAACUUGAAGAAAUGGUAGAGCAAAUGGCAAGAGAGCAGACUCUCAUGGAGCAAGCAGCAAAUCAACAGUCAAUAACAGGUUCUCUGAAAUCUGAGGAGGACGACGAAGGCGCAGAAUUUUAUGAUGCUGCCGAUACUGCUGAUAGUCUGAAUCCUGCGUAUACGAUUGAGACUCACCUAAUGUCCCAAGUGAAUAAUGAACCUAGUUCAUUAGAUGCACCUCCACCUCCUCAGCUUCUAACCAGUGCAAAUGUUGACGCAGAUCUCAGUGGAGGAUCAAGUGAUGAAGCGGAUGAAGGCAGUCAUGUAAAUAAUCAAAGUGGUGCCAACAAUACAGUUGAUAACCAAGGUAAUAAUACUUGUGAGAAAGCAGGGUUUGUUCUAGAAAAAGUGAGGGCUAAUCCAUGGACACCUGGUCAGCCAAGGAGAAAAAGAAUCAAAGAUAGACCAAAUUAUCCGUUCAAUGUCUGGGGCGUCAUGAAGAAUUGUAUUGGAAAAGAUUUAUCAAAAAUACCAAUGCCCGUGAAUUUUUCAGAGCCUCUGUCUAUGCUGCAAAGGCUAACAGAAGAUUUUGAGUAUGCUCAAAUAUUGGACAAAGCUGCCACGUGUACAGAUAUGUGUGAGCAGUUAGCAUAUGUAGCUGCUUUUACAAUCUCUUCUUAUGCAACAACAUCCAAUAGGACAGGGAAACCAUUUAACCCGUUACUUGGAGAAAGUUUUGAAUGUGAUAGGAAAGAAGAUCUAGGAUGGAAAUGCAUUUCUGAACAGGUGUCCCAUCACCCUCCCAAAGUUGCCCAAUUCUGUGAAGGAGAGUCAUGGAAGAGUUGGCAAGAAUUCACCAUGGUGUCUAAAUUUCGAGGAAAGUAUCUACAGAUUGUUCCACUCGGAAUAACUCACUUGGAAUUUAAAACAGGUGAUCACUAUACCUGGCGCAAAGUUACCACUACGGUCCAUAACAUUAUCGUUGGGAAGCUAUGGGUUGACCAGCAUGGUGAUAUGGAAAUCGUAAACCACAAGGAUAAUUCUGUUUGUCACCUCAGCUAUCUUCCAUACAGUUACUUUGCUCGAGAUCAACAACGAAGGGUGAAAGGACAAGUAAAGGAUAAAAAUGGUACGGUGAAGUGGCUUGUCGAUGGAUGUUGGGAUACAAGUAUUAGAAUCGCCCCUGUGAUACAAACAGAAGGUGCCCAUGAAAAUAAUUCAGAUCAACCAGGUACAUGGAUCACAGCUUGGGAAAGAGUCUUUCCACCUGAGGAGUCUUCAAAGUAUUACAACAUGACCGAAUUUGCCUGUCAGUUGAACGAAAUGGAAGACGGUAUAGCACCAACAGACUCUAGAAAUAGGCCGGAUCAGAGAUUAAUGGAAGAAGGUCUCUGGGAUGCAGCCAAUAUUGAGAAAGUAAGAUUGGAAGAGAAACAAAGAUCUGUUCGCAAACAAAGGGAGAAAUUGGCGGAAGAAGCUGCUGCCGAGGGUAAAUCUGUUCCUGAGUAUGAGCCUGUGUGGUUCCGGAAGGUCAUGGACAAGUAUACUGGUGAUUACUGUUAUAUGUACAAUGAUGAGUAUUGGAAAUGCAAGCAAGAGCAAGAUUGGUCGCGGUGUCCAGAUAUCUUCUAGUAACGUAAUCAAACUAAUUUUUAAUAUUUUCGAAUGUGGUAAAAGUGGGCAGCAAGCAUAUUCAUCUUCUGCUCAUCAUAGUGCAAUUCAUAAUUUUAUCCUUUGUUAUCGAUUUCAGAAUUCUGAUAGAUCUUUGUUUUUUCUCCUCUAAGGUGAAUAAGUUAUUGCCAAAGGCAAAUUUAUUUCAGAAAUAGAUGCGCCAGAUCAUGUUUAUCAUUCUUAGUUUUGUAACAAAUUGUUUUCUAAUGUAAAACUUUACUGUAUGUGGUAGGAUUGAGCAGCAAACCUACUUCUGCUCAGUGUAGUGCAAUUCAUGAUGUUAUCGUUUGUUAUCAUUUUCAGAAUUCUGAUUGCUCUUUGUUUUUCUUGUCUUGCCGCUAAAAAGUUGUUGCCAAAAGCAAAGUCAUUUCAGAAAUAGGCAAAGUUCUUUCGCUCUAAUAUCAGCAGAACCAAGGAUUGUCAUUCCCUGACCCGUAUGAUUUUGGAGGAAUAGAAUGGUUAUCAUUUAUUCUAAAAGAUUCUGGAAUUCUAAAUAUUUCGUAAAAGUUUUUUUUUCCUCUUCUUUCUUUCAGCUAGGUAAUGUGAUUUAACAAUGGAAUUUUUCAUUUUGGAUACUGUACGAAUUAAUGGUCUAAAACUUUCUCAUGUUUAAAAAAAUAAUGACACUAAGAACUUCCUUUCAAACUUGUCCUCUAAAAUUGGCUUUCUCUGUAUGAAAUCAGCCUUCAAUCCUAAAUUUUUUUCAUUUUUUUAAAAAAAAUAUUACAUAUUACUGCUUUACCAAAGUAAUAUGUUUAAUUACUUUGCCUGACAUGCAUGUUUGGUAAUUAAUAAUUUUUGCCCUCAGAGAAUGAUGCAAAAUUGCUAUAUCAAACUUAAGCGUUAGUCUAAAUAUUGAAUAAAAGUAGAAAACUACAAAUUUCAUCUUCAAAGUAGCUAUCUUCUCAUCGCACGGAUGUUGACUCAGGUAAUCCUGUCAUUUAAUCACAUAGUCCCAUUAAUUAUUGGCAUGAAAAGUAUUUUUAAUAUAAGAUCAUAUUCAAUGAUUACUUUUUAAGCCUAGAGAUCUCUCCUCCUCCCCUCCCUCAAAAAGUCCCUCGAUGAACCAAAACAUAAAAGGCACAACCUUUCUUUCAGACUUUUCAGUCAAAAGUAAGAAACAGCUAUGUCCAGCAAAGGAGCAUUUGAACCAUUUGGCUCUCUUUUAAAUUUCUAUUAAGACUAUGUUUUUUUUGUCGUGUCAGGAUAGCCUUCCACUGCUUAUUUGUAGUUUCCAAAAAUGACCUAAAAUCGUUUCUUUAGCCUUAUUGUUAGCAUGAAUUUUUUUACAUCAUGUUCUUGAAAACUCUGCCUCGGGAGAAAAUCUAUUCUAAUUUCUUCCCUCGAACUGCUCGAUGAAAACGUUCCACCAAUAUCUGUACAGUCCCUAAAAAUCUCAACCAUCAGCAAAUUGGAACCAAUUAAAGAGAGGGGAAAGUAGGGUGGGUGGGGGUAAAAGGCUGCAUUCGUUAAACCGUUUUUUUCGGACUGAACCACCCAUUUCGGCAAAAAGUGUUAACACAGCUACUCUUUACCCUUGGGCACAAAUUGUGAUGGUUUUCUGACUUUAGAAACGACACUGGUGAUUGGAGGAAUUUUUUUUUCAAAAUAAGUUUUUUUGCAGCCAUGUACCCCAUGAGUUGGGGCAAAAGGCCGCAAAUGAUGAAAGGUGAUAUAGGGUAUAAGGAAUGAUAGGUGGGGAAAAAAGCCAUAGAUUUUCAUUCACCGCCAUGAUGUACUAAUAAUUCAUUUCUUCGAUGGGAAAAAUAGUGGGAGACUUCUUCCUACCCAUUAUGAGGAAAAGAAACCGUUUCUGAUCACUUCAUUGAAAUAUACAAAACGCGAUUUUGGACUGGGUUGAUCCUCUUGCUCCAUUCGGCCACCAUUUUGGAGAAAAUCGUCAGGCAGAUCGUAAACUAAAUAGUGAUGGCCUGAAACAACCCCAGAAUUCAUAACUGACUCAUACCCUUCAUUGAUGCUGAGCAAUAAUUGUUUAGUAGCUAAGUUCAGUAGGCUAUGAAAGAACUUUUUAAUCGCAUAUCUUUCUGUCUGAAAAGCGGCUUUUUGCCUAAACAAAAAUUGCUUCACCAUUUCAAACAUCUUGCCAGGAUGUUUCUAACACUCUCCCUGUUGAGUAUUCCCAUCAAAACUGCUGUGAUUUCAUUUCCAACAGAAACUUUUAUUUACAAGAAUGAGAAGGUGUGGCUCAUUGUUACCCAGCGUGGCCCUUUACCCCUACCUAUCUACCCUACUGAGGCCAGAAGGCUUUUUGUAUCCACCAAAUAUGUUCCAAAAGAAGAAUUUACCUGUUUCUGUAAAAUUCCUAUGGAAAAAAUGACUCUUUUUAGACUUUUUGGUUUUAUUAAUUGUUUUUUAAGCCUGUUUUUUUUUUUGUUUUCUAGUUUAAGUGGAAAGGAAGUGAUGAAAAUAAAUUACCUACUUUUUCAAUUCCAGAA